UUUUCAGCAAACAAAAAAUGGGACUUCCAGACUGUAACAAAACGAUUAUUUCGGGGGAAUGGCUUGCUGUGUUGGCAAUGUCCUCAUCUUCUUCCCUUUCUCUCUCUUUCAGCAGUUAAGCUGCUCCAAUCUCUCCACCUACUCUUUUUACCCCUUUCUGGGAAUAUCAAAAUAACCGGUUUUAUUAUUAAUUUUAUAAUUUUAUUCACUCUUUUUAUUUAAUUCAUUCAAAGCAGUAAAGCUGCUGUUUUGUACAUAAAUCCUUUUUUUUUCUCAUGAAUUUUUAAAAGAAAAAUCGAAAAUGCCUCUGGUUAGAGCUCAGGUGAGGAAUGAGUACGGGCUUGGUCAGCCGGAGCUUUACAAGGACGUUAAUAGAGAAGAUCCUAACGCUAUUCUCGAUGGCGUCUCCGUCGCCGGUCUCGUGGGGAUCUUGCGCCAAUUAGGCGAUCUUGCUGAAUUUGCUGCUGAGGUUUUUCAUGGAUUACAAGAGCAAGUAAUGAGCACAGCGUCUAGAAGUCAUAAAUUGAUGAUUCGUGUGCAACGGAUUGAAGCUGCGCUUCCGCCUCUUGAGAAGGCUGUUCUUGCCCAAACAAGUCAUAUACACUUUGCUUACUCAGCUGGUUCUGAAUGGCACCCUCGAAUUCACAAUGAGAAAAAUCAUUUCAUCUACAACGAUUUACCUCGAUUUGUUAUGGAUUCUUAUGAAGUUUGUCGUGAACCUCCACGUCUGCACUUGCUUGACAAAUUUGAUGCUGUUGGCCCAGGAUCUUGUUUGAGGAGAUAUUCAGAUCCAACUUAUUUCAAAAGAGCAUCAGGUAGCUCCAUUGUAGAAGAUGCUGAGAAAGUCCCAAGAGAUAAGAAGACUCGUAAAAGCAAGAAUAGAAGAUCAUCUCACAGGCAUGGCAAACUAUCACGUGGUGCAUCAUUAUCAAAUCGCAGUGGCAGUAUGCAGUUUACUUCUCCAAUUGUUAAUGGGCAAACUUCUUCCUCUCAAACUGCAUCUACAGUUGACAUCGCACUGAAAUCUGAUGCGGGAGAGCAUUCAAAUUCUUUUGAUUCAAGAACUGGGUCGGGAUAUAUUGAAUGUGUUUUCAAUCGAGGUUCAUCCAUGCUACCUGAGGAACAGGAACCCAAGGAAGUGUCUUCUAGGUUGAUGCAAGAAACUAAUACCCUUGGUUCAAAUUUUCCUGUUGAACAAAGCCGGGUUAUAGAUGAUAGCUUUUCACAUAGUUCAUCUCAAGAUCAGAUUGCCCCAAGUUCAUUUUGUGUAACAUGGGAUGAAAAGGCUGAAAUAGUGGAGUCCAAAGCAGCAAAUUGGGAUGGAGAUAAAGUUCUAGAGAUGAACUUUGAUGCAGAUGUGCAGGAAACACCAGCUGCCAACCUUGGAAAUCUAGUCCAAACGGAUAUCCUGUUUAAUGACAUAGAUGUUCCCCAAUCAAGCUCUAUUGAGAAUCGAAAUGAUGAAAUUGAAAGUGAACCAGAUAAUUACAUGGAUGCACUGAACACAAUAGAAUCAGAAUUUGAAAAUGACAUUGAGUGCCAUACAAAACGAGAAGUGGAGCAGUGUUCCAAAAAUGAUGUUGAGUGCCAAACAAAAUGGGAAGUGGAGCAGAGUGAUGAUGCUAAAAAUGUUAACGAUGAGAGUAGAGAAGAUGGAACGCGUGCGAUUAUGGAUGGCAAUGCAGAUCGUCAUCCAUCUAUCAUUGAAUCCUCUGCCUCAUCCAAUAUUAUUUCAAACAAUGGGAUGUCCUCGAGUUUACCUGAUCCAGUCCCCUCUGAGAAUUUUGCCAGUGAACGGAUGCCUCAAAUCUCAGGGAAAUCUCCUCAUCCUGACCAUUCACCUGUCACUAAUUUAUGUGUGAGUGAUGAAAUUUGUAGUGGUUCACUAGUGGAAUCUGUUAUCAGUGAUCCAUCAUCAUCCACUGGCUCUACAUUUUCCAAUACGCAUGAUCCAGCAAGUGAUAGGAUCAUAAACAGUAUCAGGGACUCUCAAAACUCCCAGACUGAAUUUUCUGGUGUGCAUUCAGUUGGUUUGUGGACAAAUGGUGGUCUUUUGGGGCUUCAGCCAUCAAUACCUCCUGAUUUUGGUAUAUCAACUACAGCUCAUUGUUCUGCAGCCAAAAAUAGUGAAGCAUUUGAUCCUCCAAAUCAAACUCUUAUGCCCUUCCACAAAGGACCUAGAGGAAAUUCAGGUACAGUGAUUGAGAAUGCAGAAAGUACUGAGAAGGUUCCACGUUCAUGUAGUGAUAAAACUUCCCUUCUUGAUAAUUUUAAUGGCAUUGACUUCUGCCUAAACACUUCAUUGCCACACGAAAACAAGCACCAGGUCAAUCCUAUUGUCAAACCUACAUCUAUUGAAACUGAUGAAGAGAAUGAUAACAACUCAUCUAGGAUGUUUGGACUUGGCCACAAGUUGCUUGUAAAUGGCUUUCGCAAAAAGGUGUCGAUUGACCAUGAUGGUGAAUCUGAACCAGCUACUUCUACAAAAACUGGGGUAUUGGAGUGGAGGAAUGGGCAGCAGGGCAUAUCAUACCAGAAAAUUCCUUGGCCAAUCUUCAAUGAGCAGAUUGAAGAUGGAUCUCCUGUAAAUUCACUUACUUCUUCUCCACCACUUGAACAUAUGAAAAUAUCUUUCAACCCUAUAGAUGGAUUUGAGACUUCUAAACUCAGGUUGCAAUUUCCUGAUGGGAAUCGUUAUCAGGAAAGUGCUAGGGACAUGUUUCCUUCAUUUCAGUUGGUCCCAGUGCCUGCUUUUCCAGUGCAUGGUGUUGCUUCAGACACUGAUGAUGAUACUUUCUGUAGAUCAUCCCCUUAUAUGUCUGAUGCUUGCCUUAGUUAUUGCUCUGAGUCAAAUUCUGAGCAGUGGGAAUCUGGUGAAACCCCUGAAAGCAAGGACCAUGAGUUAUAUGACGCAUUAAGUAGAUUGUCAUCAAUGGAAUCUGUUUCAAGCUCCUUGCAAGUUGGGGAAGCAGCCAAUAAUGGCAUCCAUGUUAAUGGUGGAAAUAAAACAAUAAUUCCUGGAACUGGUGCAGAACCAUCUCUAUGUGUGACGCUUGAUCUCCCAAGUUUUGAUGCCAUUAACCCUGUACUACUUGAUGAAACAAAAAGCAAUUCUGGUAAAAAAAACCAGCUAGAAUUGCAAAAUUCUACGGAGCUCACACCAUUACCACCACCACCUCCUCCUGCUCAAUGGCGGGUUUCAAAACCCUGCAUGGAUGAGGCAGAAGAAAGACAACAUUCUUUAUCAGAGUCACUCAGAUGUGAGCUUGAUCUGAAACUUUUAGGAUCUACUGUGUCUCAGAAGCCUAAGUCACCCUCAGUUAAUCAACAAAAAGUAAAUAAUGAGGCAAUUGCAGUAAAACCUGAGAAGAAGGUAGACCAAGUGAGGUUGAUUAGGCAGAAAGAGGCAAACCCGCUCAGCAGUGACAGGGGGAUGGAUGAAAAGGAAGAUUUCUUACAUCAGAUCAGAACUAAAUCUUUCAACCUAAGACCCACGGUCACUGCAAAACCAAAUGUUACUUCUGGCCCCACUACCAAUGUCAAAGUCACCGCAAUUUUGCAGAAAGCAAAUGCAAUCCGCCAGGCUGUUGGGAGCGAUGAUGGUGAAGAUGAUGAUAACUGGAGUGACACAUAAUUAUUUUGGAAUACGGGUGCAGAGGAUAGUUGGAACUAAAUUCUCGCACUCUUGAGUUUCCGCAUUUGGUAAGGCUGUUUAACAUGUGUAUAAUACUAGUUUCUCCUUGUAAGUAGUUAGCAGGGCUCAUCUUGUAUGCGAUUAUUUGCAUUAAUUUCUUGAAUAGCUGAGUCCUGAUAUAAGUUUCAACAUUGAGGCAAUGAUUCGUGCAUAAUGCAUGAGAAUAUAUGGUAAUCUUUUGAGUUCUGUUUUUCAUUUUUUAAUUUAUUUUAAACGGGACAUUGAUUAGGAAUAGGUUAACAUUAACGUGACCUAACCCGAAAACAGGCAAAACUUGGGUUUCAGAAAUUAACAAAUGCAACUUGCUAUAUAGAUUAGUUCUUUAGUUUCUGUCAACGUCUGAGAAAGCAUCUCAAUUUGGGCGUUGAAUUGAAGGGUGGAGUCUUCGGCCGUCUUUAGAACAAGGAUCUUGUCAGUUUCUGCAGAAAAAAAAAAUAUAUUUCAAUGCCUGUCUGUGUUGCUUAAAAGUGUCAUCUUAAGGCAAUUUUCAACGGUAGCGAAAACAGAGCAGUGCCGCGUAAUUGGUUGGACGAGUAGCCUGCCACUAGCUUGAAUUUGAAUCACUGCUUUGUUUCCGUGUUUUUUGCAUUGAAAUUUUCAAUUUAGUUGUGGGAUUCAAGUCAUCGUAUUUUAUCCAAAAUCUUUGUUUUUUUUUAAUCUCACAAGAAAGCCUUAAAACUAAACAAUAAAGUUAUUAGAAUAUUGGGUCUUCCUGUAUUUGUUUAAUUUGUCAUAUGGUAUAUGUUUUUGACUAUGCCAUUUUUUUUUUCAAGGCAUAGAACCCAUCACCAAAUAAAUCAAUAAAGAAAAGAUCGAAGAAGAGUUGAAAAAAAUUGAUGCCAGGUUUAGCUGGAACAGGUAUCAAAAUUCCAACCCACCGGUUCUCUAGUGAAUUAAUUAUUUUGCAAGUUGGAUGCAGCAGCAACUUCGUAGCCAAUUAAUGGAGUCAAAAAAGGAUCAAGGUAAAUGGUAAAAAAAAAAAAUACUAAAUGUAGAAUUCAAAGAUAAAGAUGACAGUCACAUCACACCCACUAUGAAAAGGAUUUUUCCCACUAAGAAAAAAAUGGUCAUAAGAUUAUAUGCGCCAUCUUAGAGUAAAUUCAAGGAUCGGAAUAAAAAUGAAAGGAAUUAACUGAGCUUU